GUCAACCAUGUGUGCCAUGGCCGGCCAUGAUAUUUACUGGGCAUGCGCACAUCAUUCUUUCUUUUUUAGUCCAGCGGAGUCCAAAACCCUGUCUGUGACUUCGGGCUCCUAAAACAGGAGAACUAAAAGUCCUCAAAAUGGGAUUCGUAAAAGUGGUGAAGAACAAGGCCUACUUCAAGAGGUACCAAGUCAAGUUCAGGAGGAGGAGAGAGGGAAAGACUGAUUACUUUGCCCGCAAAAGACUGGUCAUCCAGGACAAGAAUAAGUACAACACCCCCAAGUACCGGAUGAUUGUGCGAUUCUCCAACAGAGACAUCGUCUGCCAGAUCGCCUAUGCCAGGAUUGAGGGAGACAUGAUCGUGUGUGCCGCCUAUUCUCAUGAGCUGCCAAAGUAUGGCGUCGCUGUAGGACUGACGAACUACGCCGCCGCAUACUGCACGGGUCUGCUGGUCGCUCGCCGGCUGCUGAACAAAUUUGGCCUGGAUAAGGUGUACGAGGGCCAGGUGGAGAUCACUGGCGACGAGUUCAACGUGGAGAGCAUCGACGGGCAGCCAGGAGCAUUCACCUGCUACCUGGACGCCGGCCUGGCCAGGACCACCACUGGCAACAAGGUGUUCGGAGCUCUUAAAGGUGCCGUUGACGGAGGCCUGUCCAUUCCCCACAGCACCAAGCGUUUCCCCGGUUACGACUCCGAGAGCAAGGAGUUCAACGCUGAGGUCCACCGCAAACACAUCCUGGGCCUGAACAUCUCAGAAUACAUGAGCCUCCUGAUGGAGGAGGACGAAGACGCCUACAAAAAACAGUUCUCCCGCUUCAUCAAGAAUGGCGUCACCCCAGACUCGGUCGAGGAGAUGUACAAAAAAGCGCACGCAACCAUUCGCGAUAACCCCGUACACGAGAAGAAGCCCAAGAAGGAGGUCAAGAAGAAGAGGUGGAACCGCGCCAAGCUCACUCUGGCACAGAGGAAGGACCGUGUGGCCCAGAAGAAGGACAGCUACCUCCGUGCUCAGGCACAGGUGGACGACUGAGGCGCCUCUGUGCGGGUGUGGCGAAUCACUUUGUUCUAAUAAAUCUAUUGAGAAAAAAAAA